CAAAAAACACGAAGAACCAAUUGCACCGGAAGUCGGAGAAGCGGGAGAUUGGAAAACGUAAACAGAGUAAACAACCUUGUGAGUUGCAGCCGGAGCAUCCACAAAAAUGCUGAAAAAGCCGCCGAAGCUGAAGAGCACCAUAAGGUCCAAAGCAAAGAGGAACGUGAACAUCGCAGCGGGCUCGGAGGCGAUGCUUGAACUCCUGACACUUCUGUUCCUGAGCAGCCUGGCUGAGGAGGCGAAGGCCAAGGCGUUUGAGGAGAAAUCUGCAACAAUCAGAGCUCACCAUGUCAAAGCAGUGGCUAAGAAAGUGUUAAGAAAGGCAAGAGGAUAAAGAAGAUGAGGAUUAUGGUGAUGAACUUCUUCAUUAAUGUCUUUUAAUGCUUUUAUUUUUUGAAAAUUCUUUUGUUAAAAUGUUUUUUUUUUUGUUUGUUUGUUUUUGUUUUUUUCCCCCAUUCAAUCUGUCGUUGUUAGUGAUUUUUUUUUUAUUAUUCUUUUAACUUGUAUUCUGGCUCUCAGUUGAGUUUUUUUCUCGCUCUCUUUUUCUCACAGCUAUAAUCCAGAUGAUUCCAGACUAAUUUCAUAAUAUCUGAGCUUAUUUAUGACAUGAAACAGGCGUGUAUUUAGGGGCUUCUUCACAGCGCGUUAGUGCUCGACAUCCGCUCGGCUCUCGUCUCGCUCCCCGCUCAUCCGUCAUGGUUUCUGUCUUCAGCUGCACGCUUCACGGCCCCCUUCGAAUUCCUCGCUUCGUCACGGCACACAGAAUAUCUGCACCGUCAGAUGAUAUCCUGCUAAUUCCUUAUCACCACUGAGUUCAUUCACAACACUUUGACUUUGAAAGGUCAAAGUAAAGGCAAAUCUUUUCAGUGUGCUUGAUUUAUGAAAGAAAUAACAGGUUUUUCUUUUCCUAAUUUUUUUUUUUAUUUAUGGAUCAUUUUGCAAACGCAGCAUGUUCUGUUAAAGUGAUUGUGUCAAACAUUCAUGUGUUCAUGUUUUGUAGGACCCUCUUGUCAUUUCAGCUGUGAUGUUAUAUGAUACAUCAACACAAAAUAGUGUUGUUGUUUUUUUGUGAAGUGGAAAGAAAAUUCAAAAUGUUUUUGUUUUAUUUUCAAAUAAAUAAGAAUCUGUUCUCCA